GUCAACAAAAAGUACGUACGGUAAACAUCAAAGUAUUUCUAAUUUCUUUAAUUGAAUGUUAUGGCAAACAGGACGGUAAAGGAUGCACAAUCCGUGCGAGGAACAAAUCCUCAGUAUCUUAUCGAAAAAAUUAUUCGGUCUAGGAUAUAUGAUGCUAGAUAUUGGAAGGAAGAAUGUUUCGCAUUGUCGGCGGAAUUGCUAGUCGACAAAGCUAUGGAGUUAAAAUUCAUUGGUGGUGUCUUUGGAGGUAAUAUUAAACCUACACCUUUUCUAUGUCUCGUCCUUAAAAUGCUCCAGAUUCAACCUGAAAAAGAUAUAGUCAUUGAGUUUAUUCGUCAAGAAGAUUUCAAAUACGUUCGCGCCUUGGGGGCUUUCUACAUGAGGUUAGUUGGAACAUCGCUUGAUUGUUAUAAAUAUCUUGAGCCACUUUACAAUGAUUACAGAAAAUUACGUAGGCAAAGUCGUCAAGGAGAAUUUGAAAUUGUUCACAUGGAUGAAUUCAUUGAUGAAAUUCUUCACGAGGAACGUUUAUGUGACGUCAUAUUGCCGCGUAUUCAAAAGCGACACAUUUUGGAAGCAAAUAAUGAUCUAGAGCCAAGAAUUAGUGCUCUCGAGGAUGAUUUGGAUGAUCCAGAAUCAGAAGAAGAGGAAGCGAAAGAAAACGUAACUACCACCGUUCAUGAAAAAUCACGAUCAAAAGCCUCUGAAGUGUCAAGAAAAGAACCGUCUUCCAGACGCAGACACAGCCCAUCCCCACAUAGGCAUAGAUCUAGGCAUCAAGAAAGAGAAAGAGAGAGUAAUCGUCGACAUCAUCGUAGCAGAUCUAGAGAAAAGCAUCAUUCUAAAAGAGAUGAUAGAAAUGAAAGGAGGCAUCGAUCCAGGUCCCCUCGUAAGAAGAGAGAUCAUGAUAGAAAAACUAGCCAUCACAGCAAACAUUGAUUUUUACAAAAUAUUACAAGCACUCUCAUUUUUUGUCAACUGUACCAGUAUGUGAGAUUUCUUUCAUUUGCAUAACUAUGAUUUUUUACUAUGUAUUUCAUUAAGAUCAAUAGUAAAAAUAUCUGCUAUAAUUGUAAAACAACGUUCAGUCUGAUUCAUAAUUGUAUGUGUUCAAAAUCAAGGGGUGAUGAUUAUAAAAUAAAACGUUGAAUUUUUUUCUCA